CAGGCCAGCGGUGUGGAUAUUGCCUCGCAGCUUCUCUGGGUGGGCACGAUUCUGCAGGUCAUGGAGGAGGCAUUGAUUGUUCCUUUGUAUCCCUGUAUUGGAGAAACAAUCGGUCAAGGCGUUGCCACCUGGAACAAGGUGCGAACAGGGCUCUUGGUGACUUUGGUUUUUUAUGGCAGCUUCUCCACUAUUGUCAUGGUGUUUGCCGAACCUUUGGUUGAUGGCAUGGCUUCUCGGCACGACCUGCGGGAUGAUACAGUGAAAUACAUCCGCUGGGAGAUGGUCGCUGCAGUGAUUCAGGGCUUAGAGCGCUUCACCCAUGUGAUUUUCGUACUGCUGAAGCGUGACAAAGUGAUUUUGUUGAUGACCCUCUUGCAAGCCCUGCUGACCGUGUUCUUCGAUUAUAUCUUUGUUAGUGAUCUGCCUGGCUCACUCCGUGUUGGAGUCAUCGGAGUGGCCUGGUCCAACAUUUGCACCUACGCACUUCUUUUGAUGCUGGCCUACCAAUACCUUCCUGCAGCAGAACAGGAGUCUUUAACUUGGACAUGGCUUCUUUCGUGGUGGCGGGUGGGCCGCUGGGCCGCGCUUGCAUCCCUGAUUCGAAAUCUGAGCUAUGUGAUUUUUGUGGCCAGAAUGGUGAAUGUCUUGCACCAGUCUGGCAACUAUUGGAUAGCCAAUAGCUUCAUUUGGAACUGGCUCCUGCUACUAUUUCUGCCCUUGGCUGAACUGCUGAAACAAGAGGUUUCAAUUCGGGCCAGGUUGCCGGCAGCACAUAAACAGAUCUUACCAGCGUACUUGCUGCUCUCACUGCUGCUUUUUGUUGUCUGGCUGGUGACACUGCCUGGGUGGAAAGUCUUCUUUCAAGUGGUUUUGAAUGUGGAAAAGCCGCAGAUGGCACUGGAAAUCGCCAACUGGCUUCUACCAUUCUAUUUUGUCUAUAUGUUUGCUGGCCUCUUGGAUUCAAUCUUCUAUGGCCUUGGGCUAACAAACCAGCUGGCUUGGAUCUCCGUUUGCACCAAUUUGGGCGUCUAUGGAUCGGCCUUCCUCCUGUAUCGCUUGGGCGUGUUUAGUCCAUCAAUCCAUAGUGUGAUGUGCCUAUUUGGGUCAGGCAUUGUGGUGGGUGCAGCUCUUCGCUUCAUUGGGUAUUGCCGCUGGCGUCAAACUCACAGACCCUAAACAGUUUGACCUCAAUCUGCAGCCCGAACAGAAUUCGCUUGGAAACUUCAUUCGAGCCAAUUCGAGUGGCGCUUCUCAAGAGAUCUUCUGGCGGGAAAAGAAAGUGGUAUCAGCCGUGGCAGCUGCAGCCUGCGUUUGCAAAACCGAUGCCUCGAGUUGCAGCAGAUCCACAAACAAAAGGCCAUUCCUGCAGAACUGGGGCAUCUGUGGCAAUCCUCGGAGCUGUCUGGGGCCACCGCGUGGCAAAUGGCCAAAGGAGGAGUGGGUGUGUGGUUCCAUCUUUUCGCGCCUUGAACUGGCGGCUGUAUGCGGCGCUGCUGCUGAAAGCUGCCAUGCCAACAGUCUACACCACCACUAGGAUCUACUUUCUUGGACAGAUGCCUCAGGCCA